UAAAUAAACUCCGCGAUGAUUCCCCUCCCUCCCGCCGGCCCCAGGUGCGCGCCGAGCGCCUGCCUGCCCGCUGCCCGCCGGCGGGAAUGACCUGACGGGGAUGUGACCGACUCCCCCAGCCCACUGCCGCUUACGCCCCCCAUAUAUAUAUAUAUAUAUAUAUAUACAUACAUACAUAGAUGAAUAUAUAUAUAUAAAUACAUAGAGAAAUCGUUCUGGGGGGAGGGGCGGGGAGCUCGGAUCAUGGCCCUGGGGCUCCCGGGGCUGCCGCCGCCGCCGCCGAUCCGCAGCUCGCCUCCGGGGCCCGACCAUGGGGCUGAAGGCUCGGCGCGGCGCCGCGGGCGGUAGCGCGGCCGGCGGGGCGGCGGCGGCGGCGGGGCGGCGAGCGGCGAGCGGCGGCGACCCCGAGCAGGGCUCGCUGGCCCUGGGCGCCGGCGGCGACCGGGACGGGACGCUGCUGCUGGAGGGCGGCGGGAAGGAGGAGGGCGGCAAGCGGAGCCCGCCGGGGCUGGGGCUGCUGGCGAAGACCCCCCUGAGCCGCCCGGUGAAGCGGAACCACGCCAGGUACCGCCGCAUCCAAACUUUGAUCUACGACGCCCUGGAACGACCCCGCGGCUGGGCGCUGCUCUAUCACGCCUUCGUGUUUCUGAUUGUCUUGGGGUGUUUGAUCUUAGCUGUCCUGACAACUUUCAAGGAGUAUGAAACUGUUUCUGGAGACUGGCUCCUCUUGCUGGAAACUUUUGCCAUUUUCAUCUUUGGAGCAGAGUUUGCCUUAAGAAUCUGGGCUGCUGGCUGUUGCUGUCGCUACAAAGGAUGGAGGGGGAGACUCAAAUUCGCCAGGAAGCCUUUGUGCAUGCUGGAUAUCUUUGUGCUGAUUGCUUCAGUGCCAGUGGUUGCUGUUGGGAACCAGGGCAAUGUUCUGGCCACGUCUCUCAGAAGCCUCCGCUUCCUUCAGAUCCUACGGAUGCUCCGAAUGGACAGGCGAGGCGGCACUUGGAAACUUUUAGGAUCAGCUAUUUGUGCACAUAGCAAAGAGCUCAUCACUGCUUGGUACAUAGGGUUCUUGACGCUCAUCUUAUCCUCGUUUCUUGUUUAUCUGGUUGAAAAAGAUGUUCCUGAAAAAGAUGCUAAUGGAGUGGAGAUGAAAGAAGAGUUUGAAACCUAUGCAGAUGCACUGUGGUGGGGACUGAUCACCCUGGCUACGAUUGGGUACGGCGACAAGACCCCCAAAACAUGGGAGGGACGGCUGAUUGCAGCUACCUUCUCUCUCAUUGGAGUGUCUUUCUUUGCUCUUCCUGCAGGCAUUUUGGGCUCAGGGCUGGCACUGAAGGUCCAGGAGCAACAUCGUCAAAAACAUUUUGAGAAAAGAAGAAAGCCAGCAGCUGAACUCAUUCAGGCUGCUUGGAGAUACUAUGCUACUAACCCCAACAGGAUUGAUUUAGUUGCUACCUGGAGGUUUUAUGAAUCAAUUGUAUCAUUUCCAUUUUUCAGGAAAGAGCAAUUGGAUGGUACUGCCAGUAAUGUCAUGUUUAGUAGGGAGUCAUUCUUUGGAUCAAGCCUCACAAGAAAACUUAGAGCCUUGCAGUGCACUUUCUGGCUCCUUGUGUUUUGCCAAAAGCUGGGUCUCUUGGAUCGGGUUCGUGGUACCAAUACUAAAGGAAAGCUAUUUACCCCUCUGAAUGUAGAUGCCAUUGAAGAAAGUCCUUCAAAAGAACCUAAGAAUGUUGUCUUGAAUAAUAAGGAGCGUUUUCGCACUGCAUUCCGAAUGAAAGCGUACGCUUUUUGGCAAAGCUCAGAAGAUGCAGGAACAGGGGAACCCAUGGCAGAAGACAGAGGCGACAGUAAUGACUUUCUUAUGGAAGAUAUGAUCCCCACAUUCAAGACAGCCAUCCGAGCUGUCAGAAUACUACAGUUUCGUCUCUAUAAAAAAAAAUUCAAGGAGACUUUGAGGCCUUACGAUGUAAAGGAUGUGAUAGAGCAAUACUCAGCAGGGCAUCUUGAUAUGCUUUCCAGAAUAAAAUACCUUCAGGCAAGAGUAGAUAUGAUUUUUACACCUGGACCUCCAUCUACUCCCAAGCAUAAGAAAUCCCAAAAAGGAGGAGCUUUUUCUUACCCUUCACAACAGUCUCCCAGAAAUGAUCCGUAUGUAGCCAAAGCAUCUACAGCAGACACUGAAGACCAAAGUAUGAUGGGCAAAUUUGUCAAAGUUGAACGACAGGUAAAUGACAUGGGGAAGAAACUGGAUUUUCUUGUUGAUAUGCAUAUGCAUCAUAUGGAACAGCUGCAAAUACAAGUCGCCGAGAUAAGUCCAUUGAAAGAAACUGCUUCUCCUGCAAGGGAGAAGAGAGAAGAAAACAAAUAUUCUGAAUUAAAAACAAUAAUAUAUAAAUACACUGAGCAGUGUGCUCGUGAAACUCCUUACAACUUCCAGCAGGUUCCAGUCAACAAAGUCAGUCCUUAUGGUUUCUCAGCACGAGGUCAUAUGACUCAUUCACAACCUUUAUCAACAGGUGGGCAAAACUCUGGCAAACUGCAAGCCACACCUUCCUCAACUUCGUAUGCAGAAAGGCCAACAGUUCUGCCUAUAUUCACGCUGAUGGACUCCCAGGUUAGCUACCACUCCCAAGGAGACCUACAAAGCCCUUAUUCAGACAAGGUGUCUCCAAGGCAGAGAAGGAGCCUAACAAGAGACAGUGACACUCCAUUGUCCCUUCUCUCAGUCAACCAUGAGGAACUCGAGCGCUCCCCAAGUGGCUUCAGUAUCUCCCAGGAGAGAGACGACUUCCCGUUUGGCCCCAACGGGGGAUCGGCGUGGAUGAGAGAGAAACGCUACCUAGCAGAGGGGGAGACAGACACAGACACAGACCCUUUCACACCAAGUGGCUCCAUGCCUUUGUCUUCUACAGGAGAUGGGAUUUCAGAUUCAAUAUGGACCCCUUCGAACAAGCCAGUCUAAAAGUGCAUGUGGGGGCAGUCACUGGUUGACUUCUCCGUGUAAUGUAAGCAUACUUUGUAUAUCUCACUUACUCUACACCCAAAGCUUACUAGUUCCAAACACCAAUGGCUGCAUAAGAUGCAUGUGAUAUUAGUGGUAGUCAUUCUGCACCAUUUCAUACGAUUUAAUAAUGCAGUUUUUUUCAUGCUACCAAAACUAAGGAGCUUAGUUUUGAGCAUGGUUUGCAUGACUUUACCCUGUAUAAAUGGUACAGCUGAUUUCUUCUAUGAUACAUAUCUAUCUGAUACUCUUCAAUACAACAAUGGUGAAUUGAUAACAGGCAAGAUAUGGUGGUCCUUGCUAUAUUUUGUAAACAGAGCAGCAAAGUAAAAAUAUUUUCAGGAGCAAUAUCCCUUUGUGGAAACAUAAUGUGUUAAUCAUUUUUCAGUAUAAGUCAAUAUCUAACCAACCUAGCCAAGAACUUCUAAUGUCAAAAGCAGGGAAAAAGCUGAGACAAAGUAUGACCUUAUUGAAAUGGGUUUCUGAACUAAGUGUUUCUCAUGUGAUUUCUUAUAUAAUUACCCCUGAAAUAGAAUGCUGAAAUUAAGUUAAGGGUAGAAUUUUAAAUCAUCAAAGCCACCUUCUGGGAUUGAUCAUAGCUAUCUAUUUAUUGUAAAAUGUAAAUAUAAAUCCCUCAAACUACUUUGAAAGUCUUCACUAGUGUUUAUAAAAUUGCUCAAAGUGUGACUGCAGUGCUAUUUUAUAGAAAAUCUUUCGCUAAGUCGAUUUGUUACUUAUGGGGCCAAAUUUUCUUUCUGUUCCAAAAAUAAGGUUAUUCAGUGUAGGGAAGUCCAGGUUUAUACACUCCACUCGUUUACUGAUUUGUGUGCUGCUAAGUAAGAUGCAUAAUGUAACACUGCCUCAGUUUCCCAGUCUGUUAAUUGGGAGUUAUACUUCCACAUGUAAACGCAGGUUGUAAGGCUCAAGUCACUAAUAUUUGCCAAGUGCUUUGAGCUCCUCAGAUGUGCAGAACAUCAUUGUUCUGUCUUCUGUGAGUCCCACAGUGUGAGAUGCUGUCAGGAUCUGUUUCUCUCUGUUUACUGCUUCUCUUGGAAAUAGACUGCUCCAAAUCCAUGAAUGUUUGCCAUAUUUAAAAUCUAUGUAUGAAUAAAUAAACACCAUUUUUGUCACCUGUCCCUGAGCAGCAGAGGGGUCAGGAUGCUCCCUAAGCCUUGGCCAAAUAUUAUUUUCACAGAAAUUGGAUAUUAUAUUGAGGGAGAGCAGGAAAUUCAUUCAACCCACUGGGAAGAAACAAAUCAAAGAUCUCACCAGCAGGAAUGUAGUACCCAAAAACCUAGUGAAGCUAAGCCUAUCUGAAUAUCCUAUGCAGAUCUUACCUGUGUCAAUCAAGGUGUCCAUAAAAUAACAUCCAUUUGAUUUCAAGUUUGAUGGCUGUACACUCUUUACAGCUGGUGGGAAAUUAAGCAGUGCAGUCAGUGAGCACAGGGUACAAGAACCAAGGCACACGUCAGCUUUAGGAUGAGAUUCAUCUCACCUUUAACUCAAUUAUCUACAAUGACCAAAUUACUACCAGCUUCACAGGGAGCAGAGGGUGACUUACUUCGAUGUCAAAUGAUCAGAGACACCCACAGUCAGUGGGAAGGCUCUCACCUCUACCCCACUGAUCCAAGGUGCAGCCUCUCUGUCAUGGCUCCCGUCAAAACGACACCUGUCACUCCACACAAUGGCCAGAGCACUGACCAACAAAGACACAAGCAUUUGGUUCAUGUAAGAUGUUAGAAAGUGGUCUUUCUGUAGUGACUGCUGGUAUUAUACUGCAGCUGCAUAACUGAGCAUCCUUUGCACACCCAGUCAGAGCACAAGAACAUGUUACUGGGCUUCCCAGUACUUACUGGGUAUUGAACAGCCCUGGAUAGAGUGCACUUGAAUAGACGAUAUUUUGUUGGGUUUUGCCCACCAUAGGAAAAGUUCAUGUUCAAUUCCUCAGCAUUGUUGACAUCUCCUAACAGUAAUUCCAUCCAGGGAGCUUCUGUUCCUUUCCAGAUGUAGGCAUUGCCUUCAUCUUCAUUGUUUAUUCUGUAUUGGAAGAGACAUCUAAAGGAUUAGGAUCUUCUUACUUCAUCUGCUUCUUCUGCUAAAUCAUGCUGCAUCCUUUUGGGAUGGAUCUUCAGGGAGAACAAAUUGCUGUUGUUAGUGGAGUAAAUAAUGCAGACCAGUUACAGCCUUUGAAGACUGGCCUGAGUCCAUGGAGCUGUUCUGAGGCUAGUAACUAUGACAACAUGAGGCACAAUUUUGGUAAUUACUUAAUUGACAGAAUAGCCAUUGACGUGAAAGAUAAUCUCUGUUUGGUGCAAUUUUUGUGGCUAAAUUUGCAGAGAAUAAAACUAACUCACAAACUCAUUAUAAUUUGGUAUAUUGAGAAGAAUUCUUUGGGCUUUGAUGAUUCUUGGAAAUACCUGUCUUGCACCUGCUGUAGGCUUUCUGAUAUAAGAAUAGAUGCCUGUGGCAAAUCAUGAGAUAUAACCCUCACACAACAAGAGAAUGAAAAACAAUGAAAAAUGAUUCUGACAUUGCUACACUUCUGAAAUUGGUGUAAGUGCAUGCUAGACAAGCCUGCUUAUUUGUCAAGGGCCUGUCAUUCCUACUGAUUUCAUCUGAGUUUGGUCCUUCUUAAAAUGCUUUCUAGAUCGGAGCAAUCAAAAACCAAGGCAGCCAAAAAGCAGGUACAAUCUGAGAAAUUUAUUUG